AAGUUGUUAAAGUUGUAGCUUUGAUUGGCUUCAUGGUGGCGCACACACAGAGUUCUCUGCUCUGCUCCUUUACUUGGGCCGGUCAAUAGACAAUUGAGACCACAUCUUUCCUGUGCCUCGCUCCAACGGGCGCGUUAACCUUACUUCUCUACAUAUGGUCCCUGCAAAGGAGAUGCUGAGUGGACACGCACGUCAUUGGUGGUAGUGUCCUUGGUCGUCAUGACACUGUCCAAGUUGGCCAACCCCUACAAGAUCUGCACAGAUAGGUGCAGCCUGGGUGUAAAAGGAAGAAGUGUCAAACUCCCGGCAGCACACCUGCUCUCCUGUCCCUGCCGGAGCAUUAGAGACUCCAGACAAAGUGGUUUUCGAACUACAACAACUCUGUCUGGAUGUGCGAGCAGUCAAUUUCUGGGGGGUAGGGGCUGGCUGCGUGUUCGGCCGCAGAGUGGGGUCCGCACCUUGUAUAGGGGACACUUGUUGCUUAGGAGCGCAUUCCGAGUUGACGGUCUAGAUUCUCAGGUGAGGCGUCGUAUCAAUGUAGGCUGUGUACAAUCUGCGCACAAGCAGGUCAGGUCGCCCUUUGGGGGGGAGCUUUUACAGACUGCGAGCAGUAUGAAUCGUGCCUCUCUCUGCAACGCGGUUUCUGGGCAAGUUCAAAGCGUUGAGGCCUCCUUGGUGGAAGAGAACUGGGGCGUUAAUUUCGUCCCCCUGUCUCAGAAGUUCAGGGUCAAUUUAACGGGGGAGGGGGAGUCGGCCGGCCGGUUGACUCCGCUUUCAGAGGUUGCCCGGGGAAAGUCAGCAAGCACGCCUGGUGUCAAUUUGGGGGAGGUCGCGUCCGCUCCUGUGUUGGAUGAGGAUGAUCAGGACUCAAUCAGAAGGGCGUCCCAUCUUCAUGCGAGCCCAAGCAAACCCCAGGUUAAGAGCGAACCCCGCUGGCAAACCAGGUGUGAAGGCCCUCCGCCGCCAGCCGCACAGAACUUCCUGGAAGAAGUGCAGACUGACCUCCGGGGUUUUCACAUUCUAGAAUCAGAUAAGGAACUAGAUGAGGGCCCUGUUUUCGAGCGGGAUGAAGAGUGGGAGGCGAGCAUCUUCCUCUGGAAGCGGCCCCAGGGGUCGCAACGAGAGGUGGGGUCAGUUUUCGCCGGCACCCCAGGGCCAGCGUUUCAGGGGGAUAACCGGAGGUACUUUGUUGAGGACACUGGGAAGCAGUUGAGGAUCAAGCGGUUGGGGAAGAGGGAUAAGCAGGGGCCGAAACGGGCUGAGCGGGAGCAUAAGCGCGAGCUCGAGCGGCGGUGGUUAGAGGAGAAGUACGGCUUAACCCUCCCUGAAUCCAAGGGGGUUAAGAACAUCGUUAACAGGAUAGGCGGGUGGAAGGUGGUGGGGCAGGGGUGGGUGGAGCGGAGGCGAGAUACGGAGAUCGCAAAGAUUGCAAAGUCGGUGGGAAUGGAAAGGGCGAUAGAGAAAGAGAUGCGGGGGAGGGGGUCACCGGAAGGCGGGUUAACAGAGAACGGGGUUGAGGAAGGGUUGGUUACGAACGAGGCGGAUGGGUCUGACGGGGUUUGGGUUAGGAUUAGUAAAGAGGAUAUCAGAGGCGAUGACCGUGCGGAGACGGCGUCAGAAGAGGGGUUACCCAGUAGGGUCAGAACUUCUGACCCUCAAGAAGAAGAAGUUUGGCAGAACGAACUGAGGGGUUACAGGGAGCGCUUAAGGACAAGCGACCCGGGAACCAACGGCACCAGACAGGGGGAGAAGUUUGCGGCCUCAGAGUCGUAUGCUAUGGAUAAGCGACGGGUCGUUUGGGCGGAAACGUCGGGGCAGAACGUCGGAGCUGGCAUUGCCAACGCAAAAACUAGAGCGGGGCAGAAUGAUCCAAGGGGUUUUGAGCCCCAGGAGAACAGAGAGGGGAACAAUGCACGGGAGGAUCCUCGAAAAGAGGGUCGGGCGGAGUCUGGAGAACUGCGACGGGUCUACCGGAAGGGGCCAGCUUUUGAGCGGUUGCAGAACGAGGGAAGCGCGGAGGAAGUGGAGCGCUUUGCGCGACGCGCAUUUCUGGAGCACCUGGAGACCAAGUACGGGAAGCUCCACGUGGGGCGGCUCUGGAAGGAGAGCAAGAUUGAGGAUACCCGCGGUUGGCUGCAGGUCUACCACGAUACGUGGCUCCCCGGCCACGGCGUCGUCGCACUUGAGCCAUUCCCCGAGUCCGCCCCGGUUCUCCAAGACCCCCCCCCGCCGAAAUACAAGCGCCCCUACCCGGUGACUGCCAAGAUGACCCGGCGACUGCGCGCCCUGCCCAAAGCGCUCACUCGUCGCCCCCCCCCAAACGAUCCCCUCGGGAGCGUAUAUGUCCGGGGACGCUCUGUGGAGUUGGGGUCGGUUGACCGAUUUUCGGCGCGCGGAGGAGACGAGGAGCGAAGUUUGUUUGCUUCGCGGGGGUGGUUGAACGAAGAGCAGGAGAGGAGGAUAAGGGAGCGGAGCGAAGAGUUGCAAGGGGGAAGGGCCCUGUCGGGGGGCGGGGCGCGUUCGGGCAGGGGCAAAAAGGGCGACAAGCAGCUGGACAAGCCCCCCCGGGUUUCGGAACCCGCGAGGCUUGGACUGAAGGUGCUCGAAUGGCGGUACGCGCGUUUGCGGCGGCUGAAGAAAUUGAAGAAGCGAAGCGACCGGGAAGGGGGGUGGUUUGAGAAACGGGUUUCGGUUGCGGCGCAGAGUAGAAUCAGUCUCGUGGUAGACAGGCGGGAAGAGGCCGAGCGAGAGCCGAAUUCUGACGCGGGCGAGUGGGAGUUGGAAGCGGUUGAUGCAGUCGGGCUGAUUGUGCGACAGGGGGGACUUGCGGGGAGGGAAGCUUUCGCGAGCGAGGGGAACGGGGCGUUGAGUGGUGAAACCGCAGACGAUGCGGCUAACGGUGAGGACCAAAGCGGGUGGAAAGCAGAUAACCCUGCGAUCGGGAGAGGGCGUUCAGACGGUCCGACGGCAGCGGCUCAAGACCCUUUUCGCGGACGUCCUCUCAACGGCUUCGCUAACAGCUCGGCGAUUCUCACCCGAGCCGCGCCUCCGGCUGACGUCAUCGUCGAGGCGGCCACGUCAGACGCCCAUCUGCCGCGCUCCUUCGAGGGGUCCGACGAGCGGUCCACCCAUGCUGACGUCACUCCUGCGGGGGCAACGUCAACCGGUGCUCCGAAGGUUGAAACGGCACCCGGAGAUGAGAUGGAAAGUUUCGGCGACCACGAGGGGUCGGCAAAGGGCGUGGAGUCGCCGAUGAGUGUGUCGGUAAAUACGAGGGAGUUCCUGACGCGCACGUUUCGGGUGCUCGCGCUACGGGUACCAGAACAAGAGGCGGCAGAACUGGCGGCCCGGCUGGAGGGUCACCUUUUGCACUGGCCCCGCAUUGCCAAUACGUGGCCCGUUCCCACUGCUGCCACCGCCCCACCCUUCGACGCUGAGAGCUCCGACGUCCAAUUCGGAGACGACUCAAAGCUCGAUUCCCCGGACGUCCAAAUGGCAGAAAGCGCGACUACACCUGGACCGCAACAACUGAGCUCGCGAGAGAAGCGAGAGGCUGCGCUUCGGCGUCUCGCUUCUGAGCCGGCGCAGAAACGGACGCAGUUACGGACACCCGAGCCCAGCGUCCGAAACAGCGUCCAAAAAGAGGUGAACAAGGGAGUCGGGCUCACAGUCGUAAGGGAGAUCAGUACAAACGACGCUGACGUCAAUGCUGACGUCAGCUCGGCUGGCGCCUCGAGUCUCGGUCUGUCCGAAACCCUCCGGCCCCUCUUGAGCCGUUCGGACACUGGUUUAAGCGAUCCGGACGCCACGUGGACCACUACGGGCGUGCCAAGUGGCGGGUCUGCGCGCCUCCUGCUGCUGAACGAGGGCCUGGCCGGCGGGGGGAUAAGCUAUCUGCCAAAAAUCGUGCGCUUGGUCGUAGGGGCGUGUCCCUCGGAGGGUGGGCUGAAGGCAGUUAAAGGGGCGGUUUUGGUCGCCUGCGAUUUGACACUGGGCUACGAGUACUGGACUGUGGACGAGGCAAUUGGGUACCUGGUGUCAAGUGGAGAAGCGAAGGUGCACGUGGAGUACGUGGGCCACCUGGCAAUUCUAUACGGGGGCGGAGAGGAUCUAGAACGAAAGCAGAUGAUCGGCCAGGUUCUGGUCGACAAGCACCCCCACGUCCGGACGGUCCUAGCGCACCCGUCCCGUCUUUCGGACCGUCCGGCGCUCGUUGCGGGCGCGACUUCCUUUUUCACGACCGCGCUGGAGAACGGCGUGCGGCUCGAGAUGGACCUGGGGGCGGUGCGCUAUGACGUCAGCAUGGCCGCCGAGCGGCAGCGCCUGCUCGACACGUUCACCGCGGCUGACGUCGUAUGCGACGCGACUGCAGGCAUCGGCGCCUUUGCAGUCGCCGCCGCGGGACGCGUGCGCUUCGUCCACGCUUGCGACUUCAAUCCGGCCGCGCUCUGCUACCUGGCCCGGAACGCGGAGCUGAACGGAACGGAGCGGAACAUGCGCCUCUGGCAACUAGAGCCGGAAGACUUUAUCCGGGAGAUCCACAGCGCCAGCCCCCGGUGCUACGUCACCCACUUUGUCCUGGACCUCAGGGGGCGGUCCUGUCGAGUCUUGGAGGCGUUCAGAGGCUCUUUCAACCGCGGGCUCUGGGGCGAGCGGCCGCUGCCGCAGGUGCACAUUUACACCAUCCCCCGAACCGACGACCCGGAAGCCGAAAUUACGGAGCAAAUCUAUGACGCGCUUGGUGUGCGUUCCUGGGGGGUACGAUUCUACCAUGCACAGUUGCGAACGAGUGGUGGCCUGUUCACGGUAGCUUCGUUCCGGUUGCCGUCUGAGUGCGCAUUUGACGAUAUUCUAGGCUACCAUUAGUAGACGGUGCGCUCGGUUAUGGCUGCUAUUGCAACCUGCAAGCGCGCUUGAUGGUACUUUAGGUUAGGAUUAGAAAUGCUCGCAGUCGUGCUAUUUGCAACCUUGAAAGCGUCAUGGAUGAAGAUUCGAAACGCAUAGAUGUCUUCAGAGAUAUCAUAUCUUCACACUCCCAGUUGCAAGGAACAUUCUGCAUGCUUCCUGUAAACAUGAACUGACUGUCAC